UUUACAACUGCAUAGGACACAGAGGGAAAACACCUAAACCAGCAGAGAUGGCGGCCUCCUAUGUAACCCAUCUCCUCCUUUCUCUGGCUGUAUGCCUGACUGCAGAAGGUGCCGUGAACCCCGGCUUUGUGGUGAGACUCACACAGAAGGGACUGGAUUAUGCUCGACAGGAGGGCAUGAUCGUUCUGCAACAGCAACUCUCUAAGAUUCACCUUCCAGAUUUCUCCGGCUCGGCACAUACCCCCGUGGGAAAAGUCAAGUACAGUUUUGAGAGUAUGACUAUCCGAAAUUUCCAGUUACCCAGUUCACAGAUCAGUCUGGUCCCCAAUUUUGGUCUAAAGCUCUCAAUCUCAGGAGCCUUCAUCGAGAUUAGCGGAAAGUGGCAUGUCAAGGCACAUCAUAUAUCUACUAAAGGUGGAUUUGAUCUGAAGGUGCAAGGACUUAGCAUAUCUGUGGGGCUGAAGGUUGGAAGCGACACAGCAGGAAGACCAACCAUUGCUCUCUCUGACUGCAGCAACCACAUCUCAGAUGUCAGCAUCCAUGUGUCUGGGAAAUUAAGUUGGUUGGUUGACCUCUUCCGUCACAAUGUUGACAGUGCAUUAAGAAAAGCUUUAGAGAAUCAGAUUUGUCCUCUGGUUAGUGAUGCCAUUACAAGCAAGUUGCAACCAUUACUGCAAACUUUACCAGUGACUGCAAAGAUUGACAGUGUGGCUGCUAUUGACUACUCUCUGACUGGUCCCCCACCAGUGACAGUGGAUUGUGUGGAUGUGCAACUGAAGGGGGAAUUUUUUGAGCUGUCCCAUCGCACUCCUCCUCCUUUCUCACCACCGGCACUUACCUUACCUGUCGACCACAGCCUCAUGGUUUACCUUGGAGUGUCUGAUUACUUGUUUAACACAGCCGGGUUUGUCUAUUAUUCAGCUGGAAAACUUAUCUUCAACGUCACUGACAACAUGAUUCCUAAGGAUUUUAAUAUUCGACUAAACACCUCUUCAUUUGGGGCAUUAAUCCCUCAGUUAUCAAAGAUGUACCCAGAUAUGCUUAUGAAACUGCAGAUUACAUCCACCUCAGCUCCGGCAUUGGACAUCAAACCAGGGAAUAUAACUAUUUCACCAAAAAUAGAUAUUCAGGCUUUUGUCAUCUUACCGAAUUCCUCCCUGGCUCCUGCUUUUCUUCUAAACCUGACGACCACUGCUCUGGCAAAAGUAGCUGUUAACUCAGGGAGGAUUGUUGGAAACUUACAGCUUACUGGACUACAUAUGGAUCUCAAACACUCUGAUGUUGGACCUUUCUCUGUGACGCUCCUGAAUGUGGCUGUGAACUUUUAUUUAUCCAAUGUGUUAUUGCCUCAAGUUAACGAGAUUCUGAAGAAGGGUUACCCACUCCCACUUCUGGAUAAUGUGCAGCUAACAGAUGUUGUCCUACAGCCGCAGCAGGAUUUCCUUCUGCUUGGGGCCAAUUUUCACUAUGGAAAAACUGAAAACCGCACCCGGAUUGAUGACAUUGUGACAUCUCUGUGAUCUGUUUGGAUACAAUGUGACGGCAGGCUGUACAUACUAGAUCCUGUGACUCGGGGUCAUUUAGAUACAUGAGUAAAAUCCUAGUCUGAAAAUAUGAAGGAUUUGAUCAACAAUAAAAAGAAAAAUCACAAAGUUUUACAGCUUUUUCCUCUUUAAAGACUGCGACCACAUCCAAGUCAUGGUGUGACAUACAGUACAUUGAUAUACCUGACUGUACAAAAGCAGGGGAUUCAAAGGCACGGUUUGCUUUCAUGAAAAUGGAAUGACUACCUUAGCCCACUGUUCCUAAAAGGGUAUGGCAUAAAUACAUGAUAGUCAGGGGUCUCACCCGUGUUGUUCCGAAAGGUGGGGUUCCAAAGGUCGAAUUAGGAAUUUUGUUGCAUAUCCCAUCAAUAUGCCCCAAAUGCUUGAGAU